CCAUCGUUAUUAUUGCUGUUACCCACGUGUACCAGGCUGUUUGCCGACGCAGUGAGGCCGUCCCUUAAAAGCCCGUGCUGCUCGCGCGUUUGGGUGGUCGUCAGUGAGAAGAGGAAAAAUGGCCAAAUCAACCCAGUUAAUUGACAAUGAAGUCUUCCGGGCUUAUGCUACUUAUGCAGCCAUUGUUCUUAUAAAAAUGAUGCUGAUGAGUCUGAUAACAGCAUACUUCAGGAUCACAAGGAAGGCAUUUGUCAACCCAGAAGAUACAGAAUCGUUUGGAAAAGGGGAGAGUGCUAAGAAAUACCUGAGGACUGAUCCAGAUGUUGAACGUGCACGCAGAGGCCACCUGAAUGACCUGGAAAAUAUUGUCCCAUUUGUUGGCAUUGGACUGCUGUAUGCUCUGAGUGGCCCUGAGCUUUCCACAGCCCUGCUGCAUUUCAGGAUCUUCACUGGGGCUAGGAUCCUUCACACUUUUGCAUACUUGAUCCCUCUUCCCCAGCCUGGCAGAGGUUUGUCUUGGGCAGUUGGCUACUCAGUGACCUUCUCCAUGGCCUACAAAGUCCUGAAGACAGCGUGGCUCCUGUAGCAGAGCUGGAGUUUCUGUGUCCCCUUUGACAUUCCACACAAAGUUUCCAGCACUGUACAAUGAUGUCUUGAGUGAGCCAUUGAGUCUUCCGUGGUAACUGGAAUUCUUUUUUUUUUUUU